AUGAUGACAAAGAAACCGAUAUGGGAAUGGACCCCCAACUGCCAACAAGUGUUCGAUACGCUCAAAGCAAAGUUUGUCUCUGCCCCCGUGCUCCUCAUGCCAGAUAAGACGAAACCCUUUAUCAUCGAGUCCGAUGCCUCGCUUGUGGCUACCGGAGCGGUGUUAAGACAAACCGACGUCAACGGAGACCUCCACCCAUGUGGAUAUUUGUUGAAAUCAUUUAACCCAGCCGAACGGAACUACGAGAUCUAUGACAAAGAACUAUUAAUGAUUGUUUGUGCCCUUGAAGAGUGGCGUCAUUACCUUGACGGCUCUCCUCACCCGAUAGUAAUACGCAGCGAUCACAAGAACCUGACCUACUACCGGACAGCCCAGAAGCUGAACAGACGCCAAGCAUGA